AUGGCUAAACAGAGCGCGGUGACGUCUGCUUCUCCCAACCCGCUCGCUACCCUGACCCCAUCAGCCGCGGCUCUGCAUCUUGUCUCAUCUGUCGAUUCAUCUCCCCUGCCACCCUCAACGGCUAACCCAUACACAGGUGUUGCUGCUGGUGCUGGCGCCAUGGUCAAUCCAUUUGCCACUCUUGGUGCUGUUGGCGAGAACCUUGCCAUACCGCAGCCCCGCGGCCAUAGCCAGACCCUGAGCCCAUUGGUAGCAAUGCUUCCGCAGUGGCCAGCCGCCGCUCCGGCGAUGGAUGGAAAGGCGAUGUCACGGCAGAUUCCCCUGCUGCAAUUACUGUCGCAACAGGGCAUCUCGCAGGACCAGUGGGUUGCGGCCCUGCAACUCGUCACUAUAGCCGAUACCAUAGGUGCUGCCAACCCCGCUCAGCUUCCUGGAUUUGGCGCGAUACCCUGCCAGGGCUCUGGUGGCGGGGGCCACCCGGACGUGCAGAACCGUGUCGACAGUGCUCGCGGGAGGGAUCGUGACCACUCUCGCUCUCCUCCCGCUGGGUACGGCUGUCCUUCUCACCUGCCCGGUUGGGACCGACGUCAACUGCCUCGCCGCCUCGCCGCCACGAUAGGCCGGUGCACUACCAGUAUUACAGUUAUUCCACUGGGCGCCAGGGUGAUCCUCGCGAUGCUAGAGGUCGUCGGAGUAACGAAUACCGUAUACGUAGUCCUCCGCACUGGAAACGCUUGUCUCAUUCCCCGCUGCGGAAAGACCAUAAUCUCCCCUCGUCUGGUCCUAAGCUCGUUGAGUGGGACUCUUCCAUCGGCCCGGGUAACAUCAAGGUUCUGA